AGAUGGCGACAUGAAACGUCAAAAUUUAAUAAAUAAAGCGUGAAGUGUCAAAAAAUUAAUCUUAAAAAUACUUAAAAGUUAAAAUGGCUUUAAAGUAUAUAGGACUCGAUAAAGUAUUUAAAGUUUUUUCGAUUAUGAAGCAAAAUGGGGGACUUAGAGCUUCGCUUUAUAAAUUGUACAGGAUGGAUGAUUUGAAACAAGGAACUUUAGUGGGGGAGGAUAAAUACGGGAAUAAAUACUUCGAGAACAAUUAUUUUUUCUAUGGGAGAAAUCGUUGGAUUGAAUAUGCUCCGAAAUAUGGUACUGAUUACGAUGCAAGUCAAGUCCCUGCUGAAUGGUAUGGUUGGUUGCAUUAUAAAACGGAUUUACCCCCGUGUCAUGAUAAAUCGAGACCGAAAUAUCCAUGGAUGGCAGAUCAUCGAGAGAAUUACACGGGAACUCCGCAACAAUAUUAUCCCUAUAGUACAACCCCCCCUAAAAUUGAGCCUUGGAUCCCCAAGAAAAAAUGAGUUUAAAAAACAUUAUUGUAAAUUUAUUAAAUAAUUGCAUCUUCGUCUAAUAACCCCA